CCUCACUCUAUCACCGCCUUUCACAUCUUUAAAAGCUGGAGCUUUGCUGUGUCUCCUUCAAUCUCCAUUUGUGUCCUCAGUUACUGCAGAGGACUCAGCCAGCACAGCUCCACAGAAAGCUGCUGUAUAGGAGCAGGAGGAGGACUGAGGGGGGAGACAUAGGGUGAUAUACAUCCAGAAAUAGAAUCAGCCACAUUUAUCUGACAGAGCGUGACAGUGUGCACAACUUGAGACCUGAACAGAAAAUGCCCGUCUUCUCUAACUUAACAGCCGUUGUUUUGUUGCUGAUUGCUCACUGCGGAUCUGGGACCACUGCAAACCGUUUGGGCCACUUCAAAGACUGUCCCUCCUGCAGGGAUUCACUGGGGGCAGGUCGGCCCCCAAGGGACCAUUAUGAUGCUGGCAGCACGUCAGUUUUGGCCCCAGGAGAACCAUGUGGUGUGUACACCCUGAGCUGUGCCAAGGGGCUCCGCUGUGUGCCCCCCCCUAGGGAGCACAGCCCCCUGCAGGCUCUGUUGCAGGGAAGGGGUGUAUGCGCCAAGCACCACAGGACGAGUCCCACAGAGAGACCCCACCCCACAGGUCCACAUCCUUCACACAGCGGUGACAUUGAAAAAACUCCUUGUCGCAAGUUGCUCAACAAUGUUUUGAGGGGUCUGGAGUUGACAAUCUUCCAGUCUGACCGGGACAUCUACAUACCCAACUGUGACACCCGCGGCUUCUACAGAAAAAAGCAGUGCCGCUCCUCCAAGGGCAUGCAACGAGGCCACUGUUGGUGUGUAGAUGAGCUUGGUGUGUCCGUGCCUUCACAUGCCGGCGAAGACGGUGCUUUACCAUGCGAUGGGGAGUGAGAGAGGAGUCUGUCUUACUGCUCUGAGCCUAGAGGAGGAGUAGCACAGGGAGAGGGAGGUAGCUUUAGCGUGUGCCAAACACUGCCUGGAAAGGGGGUAGCAGGGAUAAACCACUUCCUAUGGAAAAUAUACACAUGUUUAACAUUCAUGCCCCCUCUAGAAUCAUUUGCAGCAUGGUGUGGCGUCAUGCUGCAUGCUCACAUCACCGAGCGGCGUUUUCUUUCCUCCUUAGCUUUUGUUCCGGCUUUCUUUCUUUUCUCUGUAGUAUAGCUGACACUGCCUGAGUUAGUUCUGAUCUCAGUGGCUGAAAUACUGUUAACACAGGCGAUGAGACACCAGAGAGUGUCUGCCUCGCCGUGCUCUCUCCCUCUCUCCAAAGAUUCACCAACAACCAGAAUUAAUUGACAGAAAACUGCUUUUCUAAUAAUUUAUUUUUGAAGGUGCAUUUCCAUCAAACACACACAAACACACACCUACUCACACUAACUGGAUAAUGUGUGUGUGUGGAGUCAGAAACAAUAGUCUUAUGAUCCUGGAUGCCUCAUUAGUUGGUUGUACAUAUGUUGACAUGUUUUUGGUGGACUGUUUCCCUUUUUCAGAGAAGUUGUAAGGCAUAUUUUUAUACGCAUCAGUAUAAUAUUUUAUAUAUGAAUUGUUGGUUUAUUUAAUGAACUACAGUACAAUGCCAUGUAUUUUUAUAUUGUCAGCAGUUUUUUAUUUAAUAUAGAGAUUAUUUUAUGUCAUGAUGGGGAAAUGUUGGGCUCUUUAAAAAAAACUCAAAACUCAUCAUAUUCAUCACACCUGCUGUAUGUCAAACAGUUGUCAUUGAUAGUUUCUUAUUAUUUAUGUUUUCUUUAUUUGAAAGAUGAGAAUGUCCUCAUUCUGCUGUAUUUCAUUUUGGCACAUAAUAUAAAAUUUGAUUUCAGUGCAAAAGAAAAAAGACAUCUGGUUUGUUAUAGUUAUGGUAACUUACGUCUCUCCCAAUGUUGCAAAAGACAAGAAAUGUGAGUAGAAACGACCUCUUUCUGACCAAUCUUGUAGUGCCAAUGUAUGUGUUGCCGUGGUGAUGGGUCCCAAACAGACCUGUAAGAAAUUUGCAAGUCUGCAAAUAUAAAUGAUAAUAAAAAUGAAGAAUAAAACAUAUAUUACUAUAAAA